AUGGCUAUGAUUUUGAAUGAGUUUGAAACCAGUUCGGGGCGUACUGCGCACAGCGAAGAACAGCAAGACGAUGCCGGCUGGGAGAGGUACUUGGAAAGGAGAAGCUUUGUUCUGCAGUUCCUGCACUCCGACCUGAGCCUCCAGCACCUCCAGCACCACCGGAACAAGGUUGAGCUUCUGAAGAAGUCUUACUUCUACUUGGAGAUCGAGCCCAAAUACACGAACGUGAGAGACCAGAACCACGUGAUGCAUCGCGCCGACAUCUUGCAGCUAAUAGACCCCUACCAAUUCCAGAGGAUGAAGAAGGUGGGAAAAAGCCAGACUGAAAUCCAGCUGUCACUGCUAACCGAGCUGUUAGAACAGCUGGAACGCGGUCGGGAGGAGCUGAGCUCUUACGUCGAGACCUGUGACAUGAUAACUUUCCUCUCCCGCUGGGACUUGGUUACUUGGAAACUGUCCAAGCUCUCCGAAUUUCUGGAAACUCUCCUUUCCUUGCAAGUGCCAGGAAAGCUCUACGUCAAGCACCGGUUGAUGUCACACGCAGAUCUUAGGGGUACCAGACUCCCCAAUGUUAGGCUUUCUCUCUGUACAAAGAUGCCACUGAUUUUUGAUCGAAAAGAAUCAUUUGCACACAAGAACUGGGCCAAGCUCAAGUGGUUUACCGAAAAUCAAGAGUCACACCUUGAACAGUGUGAACUGCGCUUUACGUUACUGACAGACGGGAGUCAGACAGAAGUGGGAUACGGCAGGAUUCAGGAGGUCACCUCCAACACGUGUAUAGUCCAGGACCUGCAGCCUGGCAGAUCGUACGAAUUCACUAUUAGAAGAUCAGACACUCACACGCUCGUCUUUAAAAAAUGGCACGACAGCAUUAUAUUGAAGACAAAAACUAAUGCUGUUGAAGACACCGACGGCAGCGCUUGUGCACCUGAUGGAAGAGCUGGAGCCAAGGAGAGGGUUCCCAGUUCUGACCAUUUCCCUGCCAGCGCGAGCAGGACGCAGGGCGAUGCCUGCAACCGCAGGGACCGUCGCCGGCUGACGCCGGCCAACCUGCGUGACCAAUGCUACCGGUACCUGCUCACAGCCCAAAGGCCCCGGGAGUCCAGCCGGGCUGUUACGGCUGCCUGCGUGGUCUAG